AUGGCACAUAAUACAAGGCCCGUCAUCGUCAUGUUAUUCCUUAUAACCAUUAUAUGCAUCGUGACCUCGUUGCCGGCCUCAAUGAACAUGCCACUAGUAGACCCAGGGCUCUUUGUAAUAUCGGGAGUCAAAACAUGUGGAAACACUUUCGGUUAUUGUCUUCUGGGUAGUGAUUGCACCAUGGAUGAUGAUUUUUUGCCAGAUCCAACUGGUAACUGUGAUGGUUUGAAACGUGCAUUCACUCCGAGUGCUCCUUUUGCCUGCUGUAAGUUUAACCAAAGAUCGCCUCAAUCCGGGACACCGAUGAUAGAAUCUAAAGGUACCAAAAAGGCAAGUAACACUGUACCUAAAGAUAAAUUGGGAAGAAACACAAGGGAAAAUAUAGAUUCCUCACAAAUGGAUAGUGAUCAAUUGGCAAAACUAAACGAAAUUGAGUUGGUGGUCAAAAAAAUUGUAGAACAAUUAAUAAAUGAAACUGCAAAUAAUAUUAAAGCAGAAGAAGCCAUAUUAAAUACUGAAACAAAAACGGAAGAUAAUACGAUUAGAAAUGGUAUAAAUGAUGAAAAACCAACAAUGAACGACAUUAUUGAAAUACAAGAUACUACUGUGGAUCCUUUGACAAAUACAGAAGAAACAUUAGACGAAGGAUAUGGGAAAAAAGAAAUACCUCUAGAGAACAAAAAAGACAACGAAACUAUUAAAUCUGAUACAACUGAAUCAGAGACGGAAGAACCAACCAUUGAUGACGAAUUUAAAGCUGAAAAACGUAUUUGUCAAAAAUCCUGUAAAAGUGAAAUAAUUUUUUUGGUUGAUAAAAAACCAAUGUGUUAUGGAACACUUUUAGAUGACAUUUGGAUACUUACUUCUGCCACAUGCGCUUCCAGGUUAAAUAAAUCUGGUAUAAGGAAAGUGACAGUAAGUCGAAAAGACUUAGUGGGACCGACAUUGAGCAUUUCGAAUAUAUUAGUGCACGAGAAUUUCAAAUCACCCGUUUCUAAAAGCGCACCAGAAAACAAUGAUUUAGCACUAGCUAGUUUGAGUGUUCCACUCGAGGGUCAAGCAUGUACUCCAUGUUUCAGCCAAAAAAAUACCGUAACGAAUGAAGUAUGCAAGACUUCUCAAAACCCCAAUUUUAAGAAUACAGUGAAAUCAUCCGAAAACUGUGAAGGCCGCGUACAACUACGAAAGUUGAUUAGCAAUCCAUACAUAAUAUUGCCGUGCAAUCACUGGAGGAUGCAAUACAAUCAUGAAGGGCGACUGGGAAGCAGCCUGUGGUGUGACGGUAAACUGGCUGGUGUCCAAACUGGAGUUGGCGUAGGGUCGUUGAUUUAUACGCCAGUGAAUGAGUACGCCAUGUGGAUAUCCGAUAACAAGAGGAUUGAAGAAAGAAGAUGA